UAGGCGAACACAAAGUUUAGUUCAUUUUUGAAGCUAACAUGUCUCCGUUCAGUCGUCUCUCUGAGUAUUUUGUUACUGGAUUUCCUCCCGUUAGUUUUAGCUUAGCUCGUUAGCCAGAAUCAGGCAGGAAAACAGCGAGUCAGAGUCGGGUUGAUGUAGAACCGACUGGUUCUGAUGUCUGAGGAGAGACGCGUUUAUGUUUUUAUUUUAUAAAAACCGCAGAAGGUCUCAGCGUUAAAGAGAAGACAACUACCAGAGAUGGAGGAUCCAGCACAUGACGUUCAGCAGCUGCUGGUGAUAAAGAAGGAGGAGACAUUGAGUCCCAUCCUGGAUCAGGAGGACCAGAAGCCUCCACAGAUUAAAGAGGAACAGGAGGAGAAGGAGAUCGUUAAGUUAAUAUUCAAUCCAGUUCCUGCGAAAAGUGAAGAUGAUGAAGAGAAACCUCGGCUGCCAGAGCUUCAUCACAGCCAAACCAAGGAUUAUGAAGACACUGUGGAUCCAGAACCAGAUCAAUAUUUACAGUCAGAAGAAGAAACUUUUGAUUCUUGUUCAGAGUCCUCAGAGAUGGAUGUCAGUGAUGGAAACUGGGAGGAGAGCAGUGAAGCUCAGUCAGGUUUGGGAUCUGGAUCCAAUAACACAGAUCUAGUUUGUGAGAAAGGUAAAAAGUUACAUCGCUGCUCUGAGUGUAAUAAAACAUACAGCUGUAGACAAUAUUUGAUAGAACACAACAGAACCCACACUGGAGAAAAACCGUUUAGUUGCUCCAUCUGUGACAAAAGCUUUAGUUUAAAAAAAACCCUGAAAAGACACACUAUAACACACUCAAGCGAAAGGCCUUUCAGCUGCUCGGUCUGCAGCCAAAGUUUCAAGUAUAAGUCACAUCUGUCUUCCCACAUGAUUGGUCAUACUGGAGAAAAACCUUACAGCUGUUCUGUUUGUAAGGCAGCUUUCCAAAGAAGACAAAGUUUAGUGGAACAUACCAGAAUCCACACUGGGGAAAAACCUUACAGCUGCUCUGUUUGUAAGGAGGCUUUCCCAACAAGACAACGCUUAGUGAACCACACAAUGGCACAUUCUGGAAAAAAACCUUUCAGUUGCUCCAUCUGCGACAGAAGUUUUAGAAGGAAAAUAUCUUUGACGCACCACAUGAAGACGCACAGUGAAGAAAAAUCUUUCAGCUGCUCCGUCUGCAGCAAAACUUUUAUCUCUCGGGGAUGCUUACAAAAACACAAAAUCAUACAUGCAGAGGAACGAUCUUACAUAUGUUCUGUGUGUAAAGCAGGUUUCAAAACUAAAAAAAAUUUAGUGGAACACACAAGGAUCCACUCUGGGGAACGGCCUUUCAGCUGCUCAGUCUGCGGCCGAAGCUUCAAGUGCAGGUCCUAUUUAUCCUCUCACAUGGUCGGUCAUACUGGUGUAAGACCUUACAGUUGCACUGUCUGUAAGAUGGCUUUCAUGAGAAAACGCAAUUUAAAGGAACACACAAGAACCCACACUGGAGAGAAACCUUACAGCUGCUCUGUCUGCAUGGCUGUUUUCCUGAGGAAACACACGUUAGUGCAGCAUGAAAGAGUUCAUACUGGGGAGAAACCUUACAGCUGCUCUGUUUGUAAGAAAACAUUCAAGUGGAAAAACACAUUCAAGAAUCAUGUAAGACUGCACACAGAUCAGUAACACAGACUGAGGUUAAAGCUUCAGCCAGUCUUUGAUAUUGGAUUUGGAGAAUGAAGUGUUCACAUUUAAGCUCAUCUGUCUCAACAUCUCUUUAAAGGAAAUAAACCUCACAGGACAACACUGGAACUUAAGCUAAAGAGAAGCUGCAUAAUGUAACUGUAGUAACAUCAUAUGUUGUUUAUGGAACUAAAUAUUACACUAUUGUCUCGGGAUAAAGUUGAUUGGUUUGAAUUGAAUCUUGACCCAAUCAGACCCCGUUCAAGAAGGAUUCUUUAUAAAAACAAGAAAAUUACAGACAACCCACAGCAUGCUCUUCAUGAGACUGUUACACAACAACAGAUGUUUUUGGCCCUCCAGCCAUCAAGGACUGGACUACAGGAAACAAAAACCUGUAUAAGAACUAUUAAUCUCACAGUGGUUCUGUUUAGCAUCCCGCCGACAUCAGGAAGACUAUGUGCAGCUUCCUCUUCUACUUCGCUGGCGAAGGGAGGUCUGCCCUGGAUAUAAUAAAUAUACUGUCUACUGUCUGUGCAUCCACUGUAUGGAUUACAGCCUUAUUUAUAAUUAUGCUAAAGAAAUCUUUGAAUUAUAGAGGGAAGAUGAGUCGAUGUCACGCUGCGUCAGUAUCCGCUGCACUGUGCAGCAGAUUUAAUUGCCUCUACUUUUACUUGUAUAAUUUUGUUUUACAUUUUAGUAGUUUUACUUUUCACCAUUAUUUCAUUUUUAACUUAGUUUAAUCGAGUGUGGCUAGUUUAGUAAGUUUUUAAAUUAAAGUAUUUACAUUCUGUGUCAACUUCUGCUUCUGUAAGAAAAGGGCUGAAUAAAUUAAAUGCUUACUUCAUGUUGGGGUUGUUGGUACCUUGAUUUGAAUCCAGGUGUUUAGAUCUCCCUGUCUGUGUGGGUUCUCUCUGGGUACUCUGGUUUUCUUACACAGUCCUAAAACAUCCUUGUUAGGCUGUAGGUAGCCUACUUAUGUACGGGAA